AUGGAUACCAAGUCGUGGUUCCAGGAUCUCACGCCUUACUUUGUCUACCUCCUCCUCGUCUCCACCAUUGGCCCUCUGCUGUUCGGCUUCCAUCUUUUCAAUGCGCCCCAAUCCGUCAUAACAUGCGAGAAGAAGUCCAUCUCGUCGACGAUCGCUCCAAGUCUGCCGCAAUGUAUCCCUAUGGACUCGACCCAGUUCGGCUUGGUCUCGUCCAUCUUCACCCUGGGAGGUCUUCUAGGUGCCCUCAGCGCAGGUCCUCUCUCAGCUCGCUAUGGCCGCUACAAGUCCAUGCUCUUCAGCACCCUUCCCUUCAUCGUCGGCCCCGUCUUCGAAGUCCUCGCUACCGACAUCCCUCUCAUGACCAUUGGACGAUUCAUCAGCGGUCUCGGCGCCGGCGCUUCCGUUGUCAUCGCACCCAUCUUCAUCUCUGAAGUUGCUCCUCCCAAAGAGAAGGGCUUCUUUGGCGCCUUCACUCAAAUCAUGAUCAACAUGGGCAUCUUCAUCGCACAGCUGCUUGGCCUCUUCUUGAGCAAAGGCUCUCUGUGGCGAAUCAUCCUGGCCGUUGGCGGAGCUAUCGGCGUUGUUCAAGCCGUCGGUCUAUUCCUUGGUGGCCAGGAGAGUCCAAAAUGGCUUGCCGACCAUGGCAUGGAACGACAAGCAAAACGCGUCUUGCGCAAGCUAAGAGGCCACGAAGCCAACAUUGAGGACGAGGUCAAGGGCUGGGGAGUGGAGAGCUCGCAAGACAUGGAAGACGAGGAAGACAGCCUCUUGUCCAACCAAGACCGCAUGCCUUCCGAUGGCAUCGAAGAGAGCGGACCCUCGUCCAACGCCUCCGCCGGCAAAAAGACCAAAGAAGCUUUCGAAGCUCUUGGUGCACUUGCUGUUCUCAAGAAUCCCGACUCCCGCCCCGCCGUCAUUGCAGUUGUUGUCAUUAUGAUUGGUCAACAGCUCUGUGGUAUCAACUCAAUAGUCAUGUAUGGCGUCUCAUUGCUUUCGAAUCUGCUCUCGGCGAAUGCUGCCCUGCUCAACGUUCUGGUCGCAGUCUUGAACAUCGUCGUAACCACAUCUUGUGCCCCCUUGACCGACAAGCUUGGCCGCAAGGUCUGUCUUCUUGCGAGCAUCUUCGGCAUGGGUAUUUCGUCCUUGCUUCUGGGCGUUGGAAUCAUGAAGCAUAUUCCUGUUCUGUCGGCCAUAACCGUCUUGACCUUCGUAGCAUCCUUUGGCUUAGGUCUAGGACCUGUACCUUUUAUCCUUUCCUCGGAGCUUGUUGGGCCUGGCGCUGUUGGCGCAACUCAGAGCUGGGCUCUAGCAGCCAACUGGAUUGCCACCUUUGUGGUUGCUCAGUUCUUCCCUAUCGUCAACGAGAAACUUGGCGGAGGUAAGGUUUACUUCAUCUUCGCCGCUUUUGCUGCAUUGCUGGCGGCAUUCGUAUUCUGGGCAGUGCCUGAGACUAAGGGUAAAUCUGAUGCUGAUGAAGUUUGGGGUCGCAAGCCUGGCAGAACUGUCGACUAA